UGUAUGGGGUUUGACAGGCAGUGAGCGAGUGUCGCGGUUGGGAUGAACGUCGUUAUGACUGAGGGAGACAAACAUUUGUGAAAUGGACACUUUAUUUAUCCAGUGAGGACAUUUAACACAACGUACACAUUUACACUGUAAUCUUGUUAGGAUUCCCUUACUUUGGAAUUGAGUGGGAUAUAUAUCUCUACUGUUGAAAAAUAGUUGACAUAGAUAUUAUCUAUUCAUAUCGAUCUGAAAGUGAAAGUGUGUUGUUGUCUUUAUGAGAUGACAUAGGACCAUCACCGAGGGAUUUCUGAUAGAAGGUUUCUAUUCCAGAGGCCAGUAAAAACAGGACACCGCUUGUGAAGAGAGUUACACCUGUUUCCUGGAGACGUUAUUAAGAUUAGUAGUUGACAACCCCCGGGCAGCCAUGACGCCGUCUCUCUAUAUAUGCAUUCUAUUCCUUGUGGUAGGAAACAGUCUGGGAUUACCUCGAGUCAAACGUCAGGACUCCGUCUUAGGGAGAAAACGUGUUUGUGGAAAGAUAGCUGACUUAGCUUUUGUAAUAGACUCUUCGCGAAGUAUUGGGGAAACCGAAUUCAAGAGAGAACUAGAUUUUGUGAGGGAAGUACUACAAGAAUUUGAACUUGGUCGCGACAAAACGCGGGUGGCCAUUGUGUCAUUUAGUAAUGUUGUAAACACCGAAUUCAACUUUAACCAAUUUUCAAACGAAGACGAAAUCUUAAAUGCAGUUUCAAGAAUCAUAUACGCCGCUGGUCCAGCAACAGUGACUUAUAGAGCUUUAAACCAGACUAGGCGGGGAGUAUUCACCCCGGGGGUCGGGGACCGCCCAGGUGUACCGAAUGUUGUCAUUGUAGUGACGGACGGUGGUACCAACCCUGGGCGGGUUGAUCCAUACACGAAAGAUGUGGGAAAAGCUCGUACACUCGCGGAGGCAGAUGAGUUAAAAGUUAUGGGAUGUCAUGUAUUCUCGAUAGGGGUAGGACCCCAUAUUGACCCAAGUGAACUUAUGGGUAUUGCUAGUAAACCAGAAGAGAAGUACUACCUUCAGGUGGAUAAUUUCGACAAACUCAAUACUCGAGCUCUGACUGAAAUGGUUGCUUACAGGGCUUGCGAAGCUCCAAAUCGGGAUGAACUUCAAGACCCGCCCCCUGAGCCAUUAUGCGAGGCCAGUCCCACCGAUAUUGUGUUUAUUCUGGACAAGUCGACCAGCCUCAGGACCAUGACAAACUACAUGGAAGAGCUCAAUUUCGUCAAAGGAGUCAUCGACAACCUCGCUAUUGGUCCUGACCAUAGCCAGGUAUCUGUGAUUACCUUCAGCACUGAAUCCAAAUUUGAGUUUCCGUUCAAAAGAUACCAGGACAAGGAAAGUUUGAAACGAGCUGUUAUGCGGCUUCCAUGGAGUAAGGGCGAUACUUACACGAACCUGGCCUUGAAAGAUAUGCUGGAUCUUGCAUUUGCCCCCAAAAGUGGUGCAAGGACUGGAGUGGCUAAGAUUGGUGUCAUCGUCACUGAUGGCGCUUCGACUAAUCCUUACAAGACCGAGGAAAUGGCCGAAAGGAUCCACAGAAUCAGAAAUAUCAACAUGUUCGCUAUCGGUGUUGGGGACGCGUUCAACAAGGACGAGCUAGCUAUGAUUGCAUCCGAACCAGCGUCCAAACACGUGUUUGAGGUCAAAGAUGUCCAAGCUCUUUCUUCAAUCACCGGACUCUUCACGGGACGUUUCUGCCGACCCGUCACUCCUAGACCAACCCCGCGACCUACGCCAGCUCCAAUCAAAGAUUGCCGAUACCGAGACCUUGACGUGGUCUUCCUCCUGGACAAGUCCACCAGUCUUCAAACUCAAACAAAUUUCAACAAGGAGCUGGUUUUCGUUAACGACUUCCUCGAUGAAAUUGACAUCGAUUCCGGCUCCGCCCAAGUUGCUGUGAUGACAUUUAGUGACGAUCCGAAGGUCGAGUUCCCCCUUAACCGGUACAAUUCCAGAUUUGGUGUCGAGCAGGGUCUACUCGGUGUUAAAUACACCUAUGGUAACACGUACACCGACAGAGCCAUCAAGACUCUGGUAGACGACGUCCUAAGAAUCCAGAGCGGGGCUCGCCCGGGGGUCAUGAAGGUUGUCAUCAUUGUAACGGAUGGUAAAUCAACUGAUCCAUAUUCUCUCGCCGAUCAGACUGCUAGGCUACACAGGAUGUCUGCUACUGUCUUCGCCAUUGGUGUCGGUGAAGCUAUUGAUCAGUCCGAAUUACGAAUGAUGGCGUCCGAAUCAGAUAACGUGUUCAUGGUGGACGAUCUCAACGCACUUCAGAACAUCCGCAUACAGCUGGCGUCUCGUGUGUGUGGAAACGACCGAAACAGUAUCCCUCUGGACCGCUUCCGGUUAGGGCCACGAGUCUAAGUAAAACGGCAGAUAGCAGUUUGACCAGCGCAAGUAGGCGGGACAACUGAUUGUACUAGUAAAAUAUAUGAACCAAAGCAAUGCAAAUAUUUUAAGCAGUCAUAUUUAAUGGCCAGAUUGAUAAACCAUUUUGCACAAAAAACAUAAAAAUGUUUUGUAAUGAGUAACAAACACAUGUAAAUGGACUUAACGCGAAGUGUUUAGAUAAAAAAAAUCAUUUUGUUUUUAAAUUUCGGCGUCUGUAUAAUAUUAAAUACUUAGGAAAUGAUUUGAGCUAUGGAGAUGGAUAAUAUCUAGAGAUAUAGGUUUUUAAAAUUGUAUUAUUUUGUAUUUAUCUUAUGUAUCAGCAUAGUACAUUCCACACAUCGGUUACAUUCCAGUAUAGACUAUAUUAAUAAACAUAUGUUUAUGAAGCGUAAGAAAUCGUUUGUAUAUUAGACUUAGCUUUGUACCACUUUGACUCAGUAAGAAAUUGUCAUUUAACGUUUUUUUUUUUUUUUUUUUUUUUGGUUGUAUGGAUGUUUUUGAUGUCUGUGUUACAUCUGUGUUUCCUGAAUCCAGUUUGCCGCUGACACGUAUUCCUGUCGGGUAAUCAGCAAAACAAUUUGUGUUUCAAAAAAUGACAUCAGUCUAGCUCAGAUCCAAUACUCUACCUCUUAUUGAAUGCUAUUUCGCUUGUUAUUUAGCGUUUUUACAAAAGUAGCUAUGGAAACCUGUUAAAUUAACCAAUAGUGAGAGGGCAAUCGUUGGGACACAAACGAAAUUUUAAAUAAAGCAAUAGAUUAGUUUUUGAUCGAAAAUAAAUCAAGUGUUUGUUCAACAUCACGUUUGACUGCUCAGUACUAAACAAUGAUUAAAUAUAUCAAAAUAUGGCCUAUCUAAGGAAACUGUAAAGCGAUUUUACUUACCUUUCAGCCAAGGUUAUUUCUUAAGGGGAAAAUGAAUAGGAUUUUUGGUGUGAGAAAUAUCAAGUUAGGAUGUCCAGGGUGUCCACAACGAAAUACAGUAAUAUUCUAAUAAACGACUCGCAUGUAGACUUGACCAAGAAAAAAAAUAUAAUUCAAGAAAGUUAAUAGCUUAUUAGAUAUAGUUUGCAUCGUCAGAUUACCACAAAACUAGCCUUUUUUUUUUAAAUAUCGACAUUUAAUACUUUCUCUUUAUGAUGGACACAAUAUACAAUCUGUAGGUCCGAUAUAUCUACACGUUAAGGGAACAAAUUACUGUAACCUAUCUUUGUUUCGCAGGUACAUUAUUUAUAAUACGUUACUGCUAAAGUGGCCUGGAAGACACGGAGAUAUUUGACGUCUUUAAGGAUACUGAUAUAUACAUAACUUUACGCAUUUUCUUUAAGAUUUACAUUUUAUGUAAUAUUCAUUAAUUUCGGCGUUGAAUCCAGUGUACCACAUAACAUCCUUAGUUAUGACAAAAGGAAUUGUUUUCAAUAUAAGUAUCCGGUAUAGUUGACAAGUAAUAACAAAGAAUACUGUUUCUCUUAUUGCUUUUGUGUGAUAAAUUUUCAUUGUCAACACAAGAAUGUAAACAAGCGCUUAUUGUCCGUAUUUACACGGUCUGUAGAAACACAUAACCACGAUGUGCUAACCGGUUACUGGUUCAGAUGGUAUCUGAUUUAUAUUUUCAAUGACUCAAAAAAUUAAACAUUGUUAUUUUUUAUAAUUUUAAUGAAAACAUUCCAUAAAAUUGAUAGAAGUAAAUGAUCAACAAUGCCUUUCAAUAUGUUAGUUGUGUUCAGUAUGAUGAAAACACAGUCCCGUUGAUAGAUAUACAAUCAUUGUAUAGUAUAUAGCCAUACAUUAUAAAUGAUUGUAUAAUUGUACAUGUAUAUAUCGUUUGUAUGAAGUCUUUGUUUUUCAACCAUGCAUUUAGAUUCAAUAGCAAUUGUCAGAAAAUAUAUUCAAGUUUCCAUUGAGAAAUCUGGUUAAAAUGGACAUUAUUUAAAAACAAAAUAAUAAAAAAUCAUAAAAAUUAAUAUCAAUUUCAAGAAAAGGUAUUUUUUAUUUAUGUAGCAUGAACGGCUAAAAAUAGACUAUUGUUUUAAAUUAGUAUUUUUUUUGGACAAUGCCUGAUUGGUGAUCAAAGACAUUUGCUAACAAUGUGUAUUAUAUAUAUUACUUAUUAAUUCAUCGUUUACUUAACAUGUCGUUAAAUGAGUAUCAUUAUAUUUUGUAAAUGUCAUUUAAUAAAAUGCAGCAGCAUUCUGUAGCA